AUGCGUGGUCUAUACCUGGUUCUCGCUACAGCCAUCCUUUCUCCAUUGCACGCCGUGUCGGUGUCGGUAGAUGUGAUAGCCUCACAGAACCCUCACCCCGCCGUUCAAGUCAAGAGUCGCGCAGUCUCACCGAAUGUGACGAGCUCCCUCCAACAUAGGGAUGUUCCUGGGCAGAAGGCGGUUUUCAUGCAUGUGAUAUUGAUCUUCAAAUUCUCCCUCACUUUGAUCAAUGCUUUUCAAUUUGAUGUAGACGUCUUUGGUUAUACAUUCGAUAAUUGGGUUCGAGACUUGACAACGAUAAAAGCUGCUGGAAUUGACGCUGUCGCGCUCAACAUCGGUAAAGCCAACGACUGGCAAAUCGACCAAGUCUCCACCGCUUACGACGCAGCCGCCUCCGUCGGAAUCUCGACCUUCAUCUCCUUCGACUACUCUUCCUUCCCCUGCGACACCAAUCUCACAAUCUCGUACUUUAACAGUAAUAAGGACAAGCCCGCUCAGUUCAAAGUUGAUGGCGUACCCAUGAUUUCGAGUUUCUUGGGGCUAUGCUUAGGGACUGACGGGUGGCAGAGUAUCAAAAACCAGGGGGCAUAUUUGAUGCCGUUUAUUGAGGUGAGUGACGCGCAAGAUUUGCAGGUAGGACGUCCUUGGGGAUUUUUGCAACAUUGGCAUUGUUGGGGAUGUGCAUGGCCGCAAGGAAAUGCCCCGAAGACUACUGACGAUGAUAAUUGGUACUUGAGCAAUCUCGGAGCCGGCCGUUUUGCCACAACCGUCAGUGCUUGGCUCUACGUUCACUACCCAGGAAACAACCGAUACCUCCGUGGUGACGACCACUUACUUGCCACGCGAUGGGAGCAGCUCAUUGGCUUGAGGUCCAGUUUAAGAUUUGUCGAAUACGCUACCUGGAAUGACUUUGGAGAAUCUCACUAUGUUGCCCCUACUACGUCUGGUAACCAACCCGCUGGAACGACAUGGGUGAACGGGUUCCCGCAUACUGCAUGGCUUGACAUGAGCAAGUACUAUAUUCAAUACUUCAAGAGUGGUAGCGCUCCUUCCGUUACGACAGAGUCCGUUUACUUCUGGCUACGCCCGAACCCACACAGCAUUCAAGCAACUGGUGACAGUGUCGGGCAACCUACGGGAUGGGAUUGGGCUAGGGACUCCCUCUACGCGGUCGUCUUCUGUCGUACCACCGGUGGCAGCUGUAGCGCUACGCUCAAAGUCGGAAACACGAGCCAGAGCUACAGUAAUCUCCAGCCGGGACCUAACAAGCUAGAACUUCCUCUUGACGGUAACAGUUUCGGGACUGUUACGGUGCAAGUAUUCAGAGAUGGAGGAAAAGUUAUUGAUGAUACGCCUUCAGCUAAUACGUUCCAGUAUACGAACUCUGCAGUGACUUACAACUUCAAUGCCUUCGUUGGCUCUGCGACGGCCUCAAUUUGUGGUUAAGGGCUUUUUGAAUGGAAUUAUUUAUGUGUUAUCGUAUAUUCAAUUCUUGCGUGCAAAUUGAGUGUCAGAUUACAUGACCCCACAGUAUGAGCAUAUGGCAUCUGUGCCAUAGCUUCCUGUAGGCCAACCUUUAUCGAUCAUCGAACACGUAGC